AUGGAUGAAGCAACCCCUGGAGAAUCGAAACGCACUGCUUCAACUCAGACAUCAGGCGCUCCACCCCCCUUCGGCUCUCGUUUCCUCACCCCUUCACGCUCCGUAUGGGAACAGAACGCGUGGGAUCACGUUCCCCCACCGGACGACCAGGGGGAGCGUAUCGCCCUCUCCCUCGAGCGGCAACGGGCUUCUCGAGUGAGCGACGCCGACAGGAACAGGUACAACGCCCGCCCUGAGAAGUACUGGGAUGCGUUCUAUAGACUUAAUCAGGGGAACUUCUUCAAGGAUAGGAAAUGGCUCCAUCUGGAGUUUCCGGAGUUGUUCCAGGCCACGAGGGAGGAUGCCGGGGAAGUCACUGUCUGGGAACCAGGGUGCGGGGUGGGGAACGCCUUGUUCCCUUUGGUACAGGAGAACGAGAAUGACCAGUUAAAGCUGGUAGGAUGCGACUAUUCGAAGAAGGCGAUCGAGGUUGUUCAUGCAAACCCGCUCUACCACCCACCAAAAGGAUCCCUCCAUGCCCAAGUAUGGGACCUCGCCUCCCCCCUCGGUCUCCCAGAGUCAAUCCCCCCAGGAUCAGUCGACAUCGUCCUUCUCAUAUUCGUGCUCUCCGCGCUACAUCCCGACGAGUGGACCCGCGCACUAGCGAACAUCUGGACCGCGCUCAAACCGUCCGGUCUGGUACUGAUACGCGACUAUGGGAGACACGACCUUACCCAGCUACGAUUUCGUACUAAUAGGCUUAUGGAGGAAAACCUGUACGUGAGAGGGGACGGGACGAGGGUGUACUUUUUUGAGCUGGGGGAGUUGGGCGGGCUCGCCCAAACCCAAUCCCCCCUCCCUCCCGCCUACCCCCUCCCCCCACAUCCGCUCUUCUCCGCCCAACAACUGGGUAUCGACCGCCGCCUUCUAGUAAACCGGAAACGGCAGCUGAAAAUGUACAGAGUUUGGGUGCAGGCGAAGUUUUGUAAGCUGUAG